AUGGCGAGCUCAAGGACAGCCACAAAGCAACCUCGAGGGCAACCAUGCAAGAAACCCCUUGAAGACAAGAACAAGAAUUUCAAUGCAGAUUGUGUCACUCUUCCUCCCAAUGAUGUUGGUUCUCCUACUAUCACUCUCACACCCCUGAGUGACAUAGAUACUGAAAACAAUCUGGACAAGGGACCGGGAAUUGCUGGAAUCAGAUUUGAUGUUACUCAAUCAGAAUCUGAGGAAGAAAAGGUCGCUGUCAUAAAGAAGAGAAACACAUCCGGAGGGGUGACAAAGAGCAUGGACAAGAAGAAUGAUAUUCUAAAUGCUGUUUUCCUUCGCAUCCCAACUGUUGAGGGUAGCUCUCUCCACCAGGAAGUUUUGUAUAGUACAGAUUGA